AUGCCAGUCGCUUACUGGGAUGAGGUGGUGUCUGAGUGGUGCACGGCAUGCCGGCGGUAUGUGAAGAAUGACAGCAACUUCUACAGCGGAUAUUGUGGAGCUUGUUGGCAGAAAUGGAAUACAAAGGCAAAAGGUAGAGCUGGGAAGCAACAACCGGAUCAAGAUGACAAGCUUGCCAUUGGCGACAUCCUGUUUUCGCAGGCGACCAUUGCCGACCGCUUUCAGGAUGGGCGGCCAAUCGAGAAGACAAUCGAGGCGUUGCGACGGGAUCCCACAGUGAUUUUCAAGAUCCCGAAGAUCAACGUGGUGGAUGAUGAUGGAAAGCAUGUGGCCAUGGACAAUCGUCGCUUGUACUCGUUCCUGAUGGCCUUCGAUGACCAUUACUUGGUUCCGGUGAAGAGGUUUGCCUCAAAGGAACACUACGGUCUUGCUGACUUCGAGCGCAAAGCGACCUCCAUUUGUGGUGGGCAUCUGGUCCAGCUGCGCUCCCAGAGCCAUGCCCACAGCGAAAGCGUCCCAUUGCCUGCAACGGCCAAGUCCUUUUUGAAGAUGAAAUGGUCCGAAGUGCGGGACCACCAGGGAGCGUGUCUCCGAAUCCAAGAAGACCAAGUGGUGAUCUCCGGAUCUCAGCGCCAGGUGGAGGAUGGAAUCAAAAGCUACCAGCGAAUCCUUUCAUUGCUCCAUUGUGACGCGAUUGAUUUGGUGGAUAUGCGAGCGAAGGAUGGAGUUCGAUGUUCCUCCCACCAAUGGCAUGUGGACUACCCGACAGUGGACCUUUCUUACGUCGAUUCUGUUGCCACAGGCAGUCCAUGGCUGCACCUGGGUGGCGAUGCUGAGGAGGUUGCAGCAGUGAAGGGGCUGGCGGAGAAGGUGGUGGAGGACCUGGCACAGAAAUGGGAGUCUCUCCAGUUGCCACACCACACAGGAGGUUACUUCAGAUGGUAUUGUAAACUGCCAGGGAAGUACAAGGUGGAUGAGAAGUCUGACUUGCUGGAAUUGAAAGGCAAUGCAGCAGAGCGAAGACGUAUGUCACAAGCAUAUGAGGAACUUCGACACAACAUCUCUACCAAGCAAUUGCAGGUUGACGAUAAUAUUCUUCGUUCCAAGCUGAUUGGAAAGGAGGGUGUGAACAUCAAGCAGAUCAGACACAACACGUCGGUCCACAUUCAUGUGGGAAAGGAUGUGGAUACCAGCGUGCGCCUGGCCGGGCCUGCUGACGAAGUAGAACGGGUCCUGCGACGUGUUCGCGCCUUUCUUCAGGAGCAUCGUCAAGUGGUGAGAGAGCUGCCGCUGCCACCGCACGUGGCUCCAGGCUUUGUGGCGUCGCGGCUCCGCAAACUGGGCGCUGAGAGCGAGGCGCGGCUCCAGCUCCCGCGCGACGGCACACCCACGGUGAAGGUACGAGGCAACCAGCGGCAGGUGGACUAUGCGGAAGAACUUCUUGACGAGCUGAUUUAUGUGAAGUUUGGCAUGGUCAAGCUGAAAGUCAUCAAGCAGUUGGUGAGCGACUUUAUAGUGGGGAAGAAUGGAAUACACAUGCGCUCCCUCAAGGGAGAACGCGAUGUGCAUGUCCAGAUCAAUGAUUCUCCGUGUCACGCGUGGUCGGAUUGUUUCAUCACUGGAAGUCUUCAAGACUGUGUGGCAGUAUCUGAAGAGAUUUCAGUUCGCUUACGGAGAUACACCGUGGCUUCCAUCCCAGUGGAUCCUUCCAGAGUGGGGCUGAUGAUCGGGAAAGGCGGCGCCAACAUCAAAGCCUUGAAGGAGGGCCUGGACAUCCGGGAAGACACCCGCCAGAAUCCUUGGACCAUCAGCGGGCCCAAACAGGACGUGCUCCAGUUCUUCGACCGUUUCCAGGCCCGCUUUGGACCCAGCUUCUUCAGCGGGGGUCUUGAGCCCUGGCGCUUCGCGUGUGUGGGCUGCGGUGAGGACUUUCCAGCCAUGGAGCUGAUGAUGGCUCAUGUCAAAGAGCAAUCUUGCUCUGCACGGACCUGUAUGAGCGGUUGCGGGGCGUACUUCCCCCCGAAGCUUGCUGUGGGAAGCACGAGUCCUUGUGCAAGAUGGUGA